UCAGGUAAAAACGUUUGAUGUUUUAUUUGAUGAGUAUGUUGAUUCAGUCAUAAAUAUACAAGACAAAAAUAAGGUAGCUGAGUUAAGUGAAAAUCUUGAGGAUGAGUUCGAUGAGAUAAAAUUUAAUAUUAAUGAUAUCUCAAGAGAAUUAUAG